UCUGCAUGAUAAGUCUUGAGCAGCUGAAGGGCUUAAACAAGCCUACCAAGUUUCUCCAUAUGUCCCAUGAUCUAAUUUAAGGAACAAGUAACUAAAAUGUUAAGCCAGUGCACAAUAAUCUGCUUACUUACUUUGAGAAAGCUCUCUUGAGCUGAAUAAUUCCAGCCAUUCCUCCUGCUGUCAACAGCACUGUUUCCCAAAUGUGGCUGGGAAGAGGUCUAGUGGCUCCUGUGGCUUCUGUGCUCUAGAGCCUGUGAGCCACAGCUACUGAGCCUACGUGCUACAACUACUGAAGCCCACGUGCCUAGAGCCCAUGCUCCGCAACAAGAGAAGGCACCGCAAUGAGAAGCCCGGGCACUGCAAUGAAGAGUGGCCCCCACUUGCUGCAACUAGAGAAAGCCCGUGCGCAGCAGCAAAGACCCAACACAGCCAAAAAUAAAUAAAUUUUUAAAAAAUUAAAAAAAAAAUUAAAAAAAAAGAAUGUUCAUAGUAACCCUGGUCACAAAAGCACACCCAAAUGCCCAUGAGAGUGGACAAAUAAAAUGGAAUAUUCACACAGUGGAACACUAUACAGGUGUCAAAACAAAUGAGCUACAAUAACACAUAACAAUAUGAAUGAUUCUUAGCAAAAAUAUAUUAAAUGAAAAGUUUAGUCCCAAAGAUUAGAUGUAGCAUGAUGCCCUUUAAAAAUAAAACUUUAUUCUUUUUUGUUGUUAUUUACAUACGAUAUAAUUUAUCAUUUUAAAUGUACCAUUUAAAUGAAUUUUGAUAAUUCAUUAUAGUAGUAUAGCCAUCAUCACCAUCAAAAUAUAGAAAAUAAUUCCAUCUUCUAAAAAGUUUCCUUGUGCUCCUUUGCACUUAAUCCCCUUCUCCCACUCCUGGUCCCAGGUAAUCACUAAUCUGCUUUCUGUCACUACAGUUUUGCCUGUUCUAGAAUUUCACAUUAUGGAAGAGAGAGUUGAUUUACAGCUGGAUUGCAAAGGCUGUGUCUUUAUCUGGAUGUCUGUUUUUUCACUCUUGGCCGGGAUAAGGAAACUGAGGCACAAGAGGUUAAAGUGAUUUACUGAAGGUUACACAGUAAGUGGCAAAGUUAGGAUUUGAACUCAGGGAGUCUGGUUCCUGAGCUUGGGCUUCUCAGGUCAGAAAACCCCUCUCUGUAGGUCUCUAAUAAUAACAACAACAAUAAUAUACUGAUUAACAUGCAUGGAUUGCUUUCUAUAGGCUAGUCCCAGUUCUGGCUGCAUUUCAUGUGUUAGCUCAUUUGGUUCUUACAAUAGUACUAGAGAAUUGGCCCGGGGGCGGGGGUACUAUUAUCCUCAUUUUACAGGUAAGGAAACUGGGGCACAGUCACACAACAAGGAUGGGUUACCAGACACUCCAGCUCCAGAGGCAAACUUUAAACCACUGUGCUAUCUGGCUUUCCCAAGGGCUAUUCAGCCUAAGGGCCCAGCCUCCAAGGCUUUUUGGAUUCAUGCCACAUGAUCUCUGCAUUUCCACCAAAGCAUGUCUUUUGUUUCUUGGUCUAUGCAUGUUUUUUCCUUCUCAACCAGACCUUGAGCUCCAUAAGGCCUGAUUGAAGAUCUGGUACCUCCUUCAGUUUCCCCAGCUCACAGCAAGGAUCUCACAGACUCCUCCUAACAAUCUUGCGAGGUGGGUAUUCAUCCUUUUACAGGAAAAGGCACGGAUUCAAAGAGGUAAAGACAGAACUGGAUGGACAGCAGUGUUUCAGCAGACAGAGUUUUCCAGCCACAGAGCCCUUUCCCACAUCCCAUCCCACAAAGCCUCACUUCCAGGGGCAGUAAUGGUAGUACUGCUUGAUGGUUAAGAGCAAUGGUUUAGUAUCGGACCUGAGUUUGAAUCCCCACUCAGCCACCUCUGUGACCCACAGAAGUUAUUUAACCCCUCUUGUCCUCAGUUACCUCAUCUGUAAAUGAGGAUAAUAAAAAUGCUUUCCUCAUAGGUCUGUUGGGAGGACAAAUGAAAUAAAGCACAUAAAGUCCUGUGAGAAAGGCCUAGAUGGGAGAAAUAUUAUGUGUAUAUAUAAUCCACCCACCCCACUAAUGAAGAGUGUCAGGUCCCCAGACAGAAGCAGUUUUUUCUGUUUCCUGAGUGUGAAAUCCAGGAGGGCCCAGGACUGGAAAUGAGUGACCCUGGGAAGGUCAGUCUGUGGGAGGUGGCUGAGCAAAAGGACAAGUGACGGGUAUUCUGGCCAUGAAGAAGAGUCCAGGGAGGGAGACACCGGGUCCCACGGUGGGGGAGGAGAGGGGGCAGCAGGUGGGCUCCCUGAGAGGAACAUCCUGUGCCCAUCUCUGCCUGGCACCCACCCCAAAGCCCCACGCAGGGGAGAGGUGGGUGCCCUGUGAUGCACCGCCCAAACCAAGGUUCUCCAAGGAAGAUGCUGCUAAACUGUUUGCGGGGAUUAAACAGGUCCGGGAGCUCAGCCUAUCGCUGCUCUCCGUCCUGUUACCCGCAGGGGCUCCGGCUGGACUGCAUCUUCCGGGAGUUGUGGCUCUCGGGUGCGCAGGGCAGAGGUCGGGCCGGACAGGGGCGCCGAACCGCUGCUACGCUCGAGCUUCCGAGGGCGCCCAAGGGAAUCGGGUGCUCCUUCCGCUCCGCCUGGUCCAGUGCGUGAGGACUUGCGGAGCAGUCCUAGCCGAGCUGCCGCGCUUGACCUUGUCGGUUGCGCUUUACCGGCCUCUGGCCGGCUGCCAGGCAACAGCGCACCGCCCCGCGUCUCUGCGGCUGCGGCACCGCCCCUCCCUCCCUCCAGCGCAGGCGGGCGCUGGAUCCCAGGUCGAUCCAGGCCGGGUUUUGCGGCGAAGUCCGCGCGUGCUGAUUCCUCUUCGGUUUCCCUCGGCAGCUGUCGGCGGCGGGAUACCAUGGUGCUGGAUGAACUGUGGAACGCGCUCUCCGGCCCCUCCGGGGCUACCCUGGCUUGCUGCUUGGUGGCGGCGGCCUUGGCCCUGCGCUGGUCCAGUCACCGGACGGCGCGGGGCGCGGCGGCCCGGGCACGACAGAAGCAGCAAGCGGCCCUGGAGACCAUGGACAAGGCGGCGCAGCGCUUCCGUCUCCAGAACCCUGACCUGGACUCAGAGGCACUGCUGGCCCUGCCUCUGCCUCAACUGGUACAGAAGCUACAGAGUGGGGAGCUGUCUCGGGAGGCCGUGCUCUUCACCUACUUGGGAAAGGCCUGGGAAGUGAACAAAGGGACUAACUGUGUGACUACCUACCUGGCAGACUGUGAGACUCAGCUGUGCCAGGUCCCAAGGCAGGGCCUGCUCUACGGCGUCCCAGUGAGCCUCAAGGAGUGCUUCAGCUACAAGGGCCAGGACUCGACACUGGGCUUGAGCCUGAACGAGGGGGCGCCAGCAGAGUGUGACAGCGUGGUGGUGCAGGUGCUGAAGCGGCAGGGGGCCUUGCCCUUCGUGUACACCAAUGUCCCCCAGUCCAUGUUCAGCUAUGACUGUUGUAACCCCCUCUUUGGCCAGACCGUGAACCCAUGGAAGUCUUCCAAGAGCCCAGGUGGCUCCUCAGGGGGUGAGGGGGCCCUCAUUGCGGCUGGGGGCUCCCUACUGGGCUUAGGCACCGACAUCGGAGGAAGCAUUCGCUUUCCCUCUGCCUUCUGUGGCAUCUGCGGCCUCAAACCCACAGGGAACCGCAUCAGCAAGAGUGGCCUGAAGGGCUGUGUCUAUGGACAGGUAGCAGUACAGCUCUCGGUCGGCCCCAUGGCCCGGGACGUGGAGAGCCUGGCGCUGUGCCUGCGAGCGCUGCUGUGUGAGGACAUGUUCCACCUGGACCCCUCCGUGCCCCCCCUGCCCUUCAGGGAGGAGGUCUACACAAGCUCUCAGCCCCUGCGUGUGGGGUAUUAUGAGACUGACAACUAUACCAUGCCCACCCCGGCCAUGACACGGGCCCUGCUGGAGACCAAGAAGAGACUCGAAGCUGCUGGCCACACGCUGGUUCCCUUCCUGCCAAGCAACAUACCCCAUGCUGUGGAGACCCUGUCGAUGGGUGGGCUGUUCAGUGACGGUGGCAAGAGCUUCCUACAGAACUUCAAAGGUGAUUUCGUGGACCCCUGCUUGGGAGACCUGAUCUCAACUCUGAGGAUGCCCAGCUGGCUUAAAGGACUGCUGGCUUUCAUGCUAAGGCCUCUGCUCCCAAGGUUGUCAGCCUUUCUCAACAGCAUCAAGUCUCGGUCAGCUGGAAAGCUCUGGGAACUGCACCACGAGAUUGAGGUGUACCGUCACUCUGUGAUUGCCCAGUGGAGAGCAGUGGAGCUGGAUGUGCUGCUCACCCCCAUGCUGGGCCCUGCUCUAGACUUGAAUGGCCCAGGCAAGGCCACAGGGGCCAUCAGCUACACUGUGCUCUACAACUGCCUGGACUUCCCUGCGGGGGUAGUGCCUGUCACCACGGUGACCGCUGAGGACGAGGCCCAGUUGGAGCAUUACAAGGGCUACUUUGGGGAUAUCUGGGACAAGGCGCUGCGGAAGAACGUGAAGAAGAGCGUGGGCCUGCCUGUGGCUGUGCAGUGCGUGGCUCUGCCGUGGCAGGAAGAGCUGUGUCUGCGGUUCAUGCGGGAGGUGGAGCGACUGAUGACCCCCGAGAGGCAGCCAUGCUGACUGCCGCCGCCUGGCCCUAGAGGACCUGAGACCACUGGAGCCACGCCCAGCGUAGUCAGGGCACAGCUGCCACCCUGGAGGAAGUGUUCAGCCUGGGGCAGAGGCUUCCAAGUCCCUCCCCCUCGCCCCUGCAAGAAGCCCAAACCCGCUGAGUCUGGACCUCGCUCCCUCCCCUGUUCCCCUCCCUGCCCUGACACCCCCAACGUGGCAGCCCGUGGGCAUGACAUGGGCAAAGGCCCGCUAACAGUCAAGAAUCGGUUCCUGGUCUGUCCUUUCUGGAAGUCAUCGUUAGGGCACUGGGGGUUGGAGACCCGACCUUCUAGAACCUGACUCCAGCCACGUCAGUCUCCUGCUCCAAAACCUCCUCUGGUUCCUGUCACUCGCAGGAUGGACACAAGCUUCUCAGGAUGGGCGAUGCGGCCCCAGCACUUCACACCCACCCCUCCCACCCCCCUUAGACUAAGCCCUACUUUGUUAGACAUUGUCUUUUCUCCUUGCCUUUGCUGGGAAUGCCCUUUCUGCUCCCCUACCAUUAAAUCCUCUGAGGCCCA